UCGUCAUCAUCACCCCACCCCACAAAUACUAACUUGAUUAGCUUACAUAUGAAAAUAUGUUUGACUUUCAGCUAAAGUGAUUUUCUGAUUGUGAUUUGCAUUUAUAAGAAAAUUCUCUGUUUUUCGUUCAAGUGUUUUCAACUCUCUGACUCUCUUCUUUUUUUCAAGAAAAUAAAAUCAAUGGAGGGUCUGCCCUCUGGUUAUCGUCCCAACGUUGGAGUGUGUCUAAUCAAUGAUGAUAAUAUGGUCUUUGUUGCUUCCAGACUGAAUGUUCCUGGUGCAUGGCAGAUGCCCCAGGGGGGAAUUGAAGACGGUGAGGAUCCAAGAUCUGCAGCAAUUAGAGAAUUGAGAGAAGAAACUGGAGUAGUGUCUGCUGAAAUAAUUGCUGAGGUACCAAAUUGGUUAAGCUAUGACUUCCCUCCUGCUGUAAAGGCCAAAGUGAAUCGUCUUUGGGGAGGAGAAUGGCAUGGACAGGCACAAAAAUGGUUUCUUAUGAGAUUGACGAAAGAUGAAAGGGAAAUCAACCUAGCAAAUGGUGACACAGACCCAGAAUUCUCAGAAUGGAAAUGGGCAACCCCCGAAGAAGUUGUUGAGCAGGCAGUGGACUACAAGAGGCCAACGUACGAGGAAGUUAUGAGAACCUUUCAACCUUACUUUGUUGGCGCUGGACAAGCUACAAAAUGCAAUUCUACAAAAUGGUGAAUAUUUCUGUGUUUGCUAUGUAUAACUGCCACUGGACUCUGUAAAUGUAAAUGACUGAAGUUUGUACUCGUGAAAUUACAAGUAAUGUUUCAUGUUUUCUUCAGAUUCAUAGAAAGGAAUGGCAGUGCAGGAAUCAUAAAAUUCCAUUAAAACUA